AUGAACAUAAUUGAGAGGUAUUAUAUGAAAAAGGCUAGUUCCUACCAAACUGAUACCAAAUAUGAUCGUCUUGAACCUUCUGAUAUUCAUCAUAUAAAGAGAGCUGAAUUUUAUUUGGUUGCAGCACCAGUUGCUACAGUCAGCAUUUUAUAUCUAAUAAAUAAGCUUAAAAAUGAAGUUUUGAUGUCAUAGCAUUUCUUUUACAUCAUCAAAAGUUAUCAAGAGCGCUUCUAAUCUAAGUACAAAAGAGAACAAGAUUAAAAAAGAGCAUAAGAGCAAGCUUAAAAAGAAUAAGCAAGCAGGUCAUCAGACUAAAGUGACCCAAAGAAUCUCAACUAACUAUAUAAAUCAAUUGAAUAGGAAAAGUAAUAGCAAAGAGAAAAAGAGCUAGAAGCAGUCAAAGCUAGAUAAGACGACGCUAAAAAGAUGUAAUAAAUGUCAUACAAGAGAAAUAUUGAUCCAUUUGAAAAGAAAUAAAGAUAUACUAUGUAAAAUAGUGAUUUACCAGGACAAGAAUUCUCAUCAAGAAAGUUAACUAGUAGGAGAGAUGAAAAUACAGUUAAAAAGCAAGAAGGUAAAAUGAAUGCCUCUCAAUACAUGGAAAGUUCAAACUAAGUUUAUCACGAGUCCUAUACAAAGCCUGAAGGAUCAAUUUAUACUUAAGCUCUCAAAGACUAAAAUGUUGAGUAAUAUGCUCCUGAAGGAGCAAAUGCCAUGGAUAGAUAGAGAUAAAAAAUGAGAGGUAUGCAAUUUGGAUAUAUAAGAGAAUCAUACAAUAGACUGCUAGGAAGCACAAGAAGUCAAAGAAGAUUCAAAUUAUUUAUGUUUGCAUUUCCUGCUAUCAUUAGUUUUGGUGUUGCUGUUUAGAACUAUCUCUAAGUCACCUUCGGUAUUUAUCUAAAGUAUCAAGCAUUGGUAGACUCAUACUAUCUCUAAUAAAAAGAAACAAAUGAAAUAUCUUUUAUUGAGAACACCCAAGAGAUCAUUCUUAAAUAAAUUUAGAGUCAAUAGGGUUCUAUCGUCCCCACCCCUAAUCAAUAACUAUGA